UCCGUUCGCUAUUUAGUGUGAACUUCCCGUUUAGAUUCUCUUCAGUUGAGCGUCACCUAACUUUACCUACACUAAAGCCCCUUGAGACUACAAAAAGAACAUCAGUUAGGAGCAACGCUAUUUUGGAUAUUUCCCUGUAUACCUUUAGGUGGAAAAGAGAGUGGGAAUGAAGGGUUCCGGCAUAGAAAAGGAGGCCGGAGCCGAAGAUGGCGUGUCUGAUACCGAAUCAAUCACGGCGACGGCCGAAGCCCGACCAACAGGCGACAAUGGAUUAGAGAAAUCAGAGACUCGCGAGGACAAAUUAGACCAUAAUAGUAAUAGCAACAGCAAUACCGAGACCGCCAGCACAUAUUCGUGCCGCGAAAACCUCCAAGUUCCGUCUCAGGUUCCUUCGCGAGUUAUCUCGCGGACUGUAUCCGAAGUACGAGAUGGCAUUGAAUCACAACGAGAUCCCGACUUAGAACAAGGCCAAGAAAAUGAGAAGAACGCAGCAGCGGCGGCUACAAACCCGGAUCCAGGUGAUCCAGGUCUCGUGACAUGGAGCGGGCCCGACGACCCAGAGAACCCCAAGAACUGGACAAUAUCGAAGAAAUGGGGUGCCGUCUUCAUCGUUUCUAUGUUCACCUUCGUCUCCCCCGUCUCGUCGUCCAUGGUGGCACCUGGCUUGACGGCUAUAGGUAGAGAUUUUAACAUCUCCGAAGCUUUUGAACAAAACAUUAUACUGUCCGCAUUCGUGUUAGCUUAUGCGUUAGGACCUUUAUGCUGGGGUCCCCUCUCCGAGCUUUACGGGCGUGUCCCGGUGCUCCAACUCUCUAACCUAGGCUUUCUCGCAUUCACUCUGGGCUGCGGAUUUGCACAAAACAAGGGCCAAAUGAUUGCCUUCCGAUUCCUCUCAGGACUAGGCGGAUCUGCGGCUUUAGCCAUUGGCGGAGGCGUUCUUGGUGACCUUUUUAUAGCCGAGCAUCGCGGGCGUGCCAUGUCCAUGUAUUCACUUGCCCCACUUCUGGGUCCUGCCGUCGGACCUAUCGCCGGUGCUUUCAUCACCGAGAACACAACAUGGCGGUGGGCGUUCUGGGCAACGUGCAUAGCCGACGGCAUCGUGCAAUGCGCAGGCCUGUAUUUCCUACGAGAAACCUACGCCCCAGUUCUCCUCGACCGCAAACGCCGAUUACUAGUAGCGGAAACCGGAAAUCCCGAUUUGAGAACACCAUACGAUGACCUAGGCCGCAAAGACGCCAGCAUAAUCCAAACCCUCGGCACAGCAAUGACACGUCCAUUUAAACUCCUCGCCACGCAAAUAAUCGUACAAUGUAUAGCUGUAUACGCGAUGUACCUCUACGGCCUCAUGUACCUCAUGCUAGCAUCCUUCCCCACGCUCUUCACAACCCCCAAACCCGAUGGUUAUGGUAUGAGCGUCGGAAUCGGGGGGUUGAACUACAUAAGUCUAGGCCUAGGAUUUUUCCUCGGCGCACAAAUCUGCGCUCCGCUCCAAGACCGCAUCUACGUAUCCCUAAAACGGCGCUACGGAAUAGGUAAGCCCGAAUUCCGCGUCCCUAUGAUGGUCCCAGGCGCCGUUCUUGUGCCCGUGGGGCUAGUUAUCUACGGUUGGACAGCCGAGUACAAAACUCAUUGGAUAGGCCCCAAUAUCGGCGCCAUGAUAUUCGCUUCCGGUGCUAUUAUCGGGUUUCAGUGUCUUCAGGGCUUUUUGGUGGAUUCGUAUCAACGAUACGCUGCGAGUGCUGUUGGUGCGAAUACUGUACUACGUUCGCUCGCUGGUUUCGGAUUCCCGCUUUUCGCGCCGUAUAUGUAUGAUCGAUUGGGUUAUGGUUGGGGAAAUACGCUUAUGGCGCUUUUGGGUGUGGUUAUAGGUUGGCCUGGCCCGAUAUUGCUAUGGAAGUACGGUGAGAUAUUGAGGAAGAGGAGUCCGUUCGCUGCGGGAGCAUAAUUGGAUUGAGGGAUGGAAAAAAAAAAGGCGGCUACUGAGGUAAAUCCAGGGAAGGGUAGAAACACGAUGGAUCAUGGCCUGAGUUACUAACAUUUAGAUGAAGCAUUAUGAAUAGCGUCAUGUUUUUUUGGCAUCUAGACGGGUAUCGCACACGGAGUUAUCAUCAUAUAGAAGACAAUGAACUCAUAUUUUACAAUCAUAAAAUUUCAUUUUAUGGCAAAUCUAUCUGGCGCUAUUUGUAGUGGCAGCAAAUACCUAAGUCCGAAGCAAACGCCAAUGCCAAUUCCGUUUCCACAACG